AUGCUCGAAGGAGACUAUUUCUGUCACUUCCAAACGGGAAAGGAUGAGACCGAACGAGCUCCAGCAGAGGUAGAGAAGGCAUGCCAUGAGCUCAUGACCGCAGCCCGUUUUUUUGCACCUAGCCGUGCGCUCAAGGAAAAGGUGUUGGUUUGGAGCCGAGAAAAGGCGGCCAAGGGUUCUGCGGUGAAGGACUUGGCCGGAAGAACAACGAUGCAGAACCAGGUGCAAAAGGUCACAGAGGAGAUUCUUGAAGAUCUCCAACAGUCAUUGCAGUCUCGCCUGGAGCGGUUCACCGGGACUCUGAGCAAGAUCAAGUCGUUGCAGUCUCAAGUGGAAGAGAAGCAGGCUGUUAUAGACUCGCAGAGGGCUUCCAUCGACAGGCUGCAAAGUAGAUUGGAGGGCUUGGAAAAACGGCUUGCGCUCUCUGAGACUCAUGUGAAAGAGUUGGAGGCUCAUAGGAAGGAUUUGCAAAAAGACUUGCAGCAGAAGCAGGCUGAGCUAAGUACCGCGCAGACUAUCAUAGAGGACUUGGAGGUCGAUGUUGAGGAAUUGCAAAAAAAACUGUCUGAAAAACAGCAAAGCAGAAAAACUUCCUCCACGCAGACGCAGACAACAAGUAAGGCAUUCAAAGAAUCCAGGGCUCGUUUGGUCACUCAAGUGAAGAAUCUAGAGAAGCAGGUUGUGCAGACAGAGAAAGAAAAAUCAUCGUUGGCACAGCGGUUUGAUGCGCAACCGCAAGUGGAUGGUGAGACUUGGCAAUUUCAGGGUGACAGCGGCGAAUGGAUCUCAUUCACUGAGAAUUCGAACAAAGAUUUGAUGGACAAGUUCAGAGAAGGCAAGGAGGUUUGCGAGAUCAAGAUAGAUGGAAAGACCUAUGACAUCAGCUUUAAAUACCGCUGGCAGAGGAACCAACGCACCAAGAAGGAACGGAAAAUCCGCUGUUGCUUUGGUUUACCAAGCCACUGGAACGUCACAGAUGAAGAUGCGUUGAGGCUUCUCAAGGAAAGUCUGCAAGCACCACUUCCACAAAUGCAUCCCAGCACCGAUAUUUGGGAAACAGUCCAGAAAGUAACUGACCGAAAGAUGUUGUCAAGCUUAUCGAAGGUGCUGAACCAGUCCCUUUCCCGUCAUGAUGGCACUCACUGUGAUUGCCCUCAUGGAAGCUCCAACUUCGUUGUGAUCGAGGCUUUCCAGAUCAAGAAUCGUCAUGUGUGGCAACGGUACCAACGCUGUGUUCGAUCCAUCCGUGACAAGCACAAGCAGCAUGGUAUCUCUCCUGGCACCAUCAGUCCGUUAUUGAGCAAAGCCUUGAGUGAGUUUGCCAACGAUAUCGACGUGGACCAAGCUGGCAACGAGCGCCUUCUCCUACACGGGACGAAAACUUUUGAAGUUGGAAAAACCAUUGCAUCAGAAGGCUUUGACAAUCGGGUCGCCAAGGAUGGACUCUUUGGAAAAGGCACCUACUUUGCAGCCCAGACUUGCAAGGCUGCUCAAUAUGCUUCCAUACAUGGAAUGUCUCAGAAAGCAUCACAGCAGAUGCCAGGGACCAUGCUUCUGGCUCGGGUGGCUAUUGGGGAUCCUUUCUACACAGAAGGUCGGUGUCACACCUUGUCACGUCCUCCAGAGACGGAUGGCCGCCGGGCUGAUUCCAUCAUUGCACGGCCUGGCAUCCCCAAUGGCCAGCCUGGCGGAGUGCAGAGCCAUAUGGAAGUUGUGACCUUUGACCCAGGGCAGGCCUAUCCGGAGUUCAUCGUGAGGUUUACUGAGGCAAGGGCAUUUUCAGCACACCAAGCUCAGCAAGGGCUGUGCAGAAAUUUGGACUCGCCCUCAGAUGUUUCCACCAUCAUCUCCGUGAUUGUUGGUUUCGCAGUGGAAGCCAGCGCAGUGUACAUAGUGCUUGCUUUCCUAGCGCUGGUUCUGCCAGCUUCGUUUGCCAAUAGAUACGAGCCUUGCCGAUGGCAUAGACUACACCUUUGUAUCUGCCUACUUUGUGGAAGUCUUUUAAUCGCUGCAGCCACACUGCUGAUCCUUUGCAGGCAAGCGGUGCUCCAACCAGAUGCUGUUUAUCUUGUGAAGCUAUUUUUCUUUGGAGACGCGAAUUGCCAUGACAAGAGCAACUUAUUGCCAGAGAUCUUGGCGUUCGUGGCGGCUUUUUUGGGCUGGAUCCUGGGCUGCUAUGUCAAGCGCAUGGAGGAGUCUCCAGCUGUGGAUUCUGUGGAUGUCUGGGACAAUCCUUUGAUGUCCCCCCGGCGGCUGAUCUUAGUUGCUGCGAUUCUUUUCUCCUCAGCAAGUCUGGACUUCAACCUCUUUGCCUUGGUUUACCAUAUUGCUACUCUUUUAAUUGUCCUCUACUGGGCACGGGCCAAACGUUCUCGCUCUGGCAAGGAACUCCAUUGGGCGCAACUUUUGUGCCUUCGCAUUGCGUUGCUGACGGUGUGUUCGGUGCAAGUGUCAUCGGUCGCAAUUUUCAGUCUUCCAGGAAUACCCCAAUUUUUCUCCUCACCGAUGGCCAGACUGUUGGGCCUCGAGGUCUCCAUCCCUGUGUGUUGGCAAAAUCUGUCCAGCUUUCUAUUGAUUCAGCUGUUGGUUUGGCCCGCGCAAAGAGCCAAGCGACUUCCAACACAGAUGCAGGACAGGCGGACCGCUGAAGAGGCACCAUCGCCUUUCGUGUCCAAGUAUGCAGAGGACCAAGCAGUUCUGCAUGAAAAAGAAGCGCAGAACAGGGGCGAGCACCCAGAUGGAGAUGAAAUCAGAGAAGGAUCUGAUGGUGCGUCACCUUGGAAAUCUGUUGCUGACAAGGCCAACUAUGUUUGUGGUCGGGCUCUUCUGCCUCUCUUUUCAAUGAUGUCCUUGUUCAUGGUGUGGCCGUCUCUGACGACUUUGCCCCUGCUGCUUGCUGGCUUUUCCUUGCACCACAUUCCUGUGGAGAGAUUUCCGAUUGUCUUCUUCUACGGCGCUUUGGUCUAUGAAAUGCUGUGCAGCAUUGUGUGGUUCUGCUACAACAUCUUCUGCACCAUGAGCGACCAACCUUUGUCCAUGGUGCCUUAUGAGUUUACUUGGCUCGAGCGUGGUGGCUUACAGUGCUAUUUGCGAAAAGGACCUGCUGACCCAGAGGUCCGAAGAUACAUCUUUGCGCUUGGUCAGGGCCUUGCUGUGGUAGCUACCGCUGCUUGUACAAGAAGUCGAAGCUGUCAGGAGCAGCAGUCGCCAGCUGGCAAUCCUUCAAGACCUUGUGCAGGUGGUUGGGCUUCGUCGGCUUUAGUGCGGAAGGUAGUUGCAUUCUCUCGGCCAUUUACUGUCUCCUUUGUGGUCGUAGUGAUCCUUGGGCAGAAUUCUCCCAAUGUUUUUGGCAUGCUCUAUUUGAUUUGGCUCGUGGGACUCACAAUCUCUGGAGCCUGGGCGUCCUACAUCAACUCUGGCUGGGACCUCCUCCGUGCCAACGAAUUGACUUGGCGAAGUCUGUUGGUCUUGAGCAACUGCAUUGUUCUGGCGCUUGCAUAUUGUCAGGUUAUGGAGUCCACAAACCUUGACUUCGUCGGAUUGGAGCGGUCUUCACAAACUAUCUUAGAGGUCACAUGGGCGCAUUUGACGAUUGGAGUUCUUGCUGGUUUGCAGACUUUGGCUUUCUCGCAGAAAGUGCAGAUUCCAGCCAUGUUUGUGGAUAGCAACUCUGCGCUAGCAUGGUUUCUAUGGAUCGGUGGAAUCUUCAUUGAAAUGGGACUCAUGCUCAAUUUCGUGAUGAUGGAGCCUCUCACUGUUGACUCCUUCUUCAUCCUGACCCUUUUCUUAGGAAUUGUGGCGGUGGAGCAGUUUGGUGCACCUACACGCUGGCGCAACUGGCUGCUGACGGCCACGGCGUUUUCCUGCUCCCUGCUGUUGCUGCUGCGCUAUACCUUGCUGAUGCCGAAGGUUCAGGAGUGGCUAGAUGGAGCAAGUUCACCACUUCCGCAAGAAAAGUUUGACAUGCUCUGGAAGGCUUUUGCACUUGGAGACACCAGUUUUGAGGUUCGUUUGAAGCUGGGAUAUUUGGCUGCGACCACGCUACUUUCCACCGCUUUGCGUCGCCUUUAUCGCUUUGGUGCUGCAGCGAGCCUCAUUGGUGCAAGAAGUCAAGUCUACACCAUGAAGAACAAGGUUGCUAUGUCCAUUUUCUUGGAGGCUGCUCGAUGGUCGACUGUGGUGCUUAUUUGCACCUGCUACUUCAUCAUGCCGCUAAAAAACGCGUUGUCCCACUUGCAACUGGCGGUGCUCAUCAUCAUGCUUAUGAGUGGACGCUGUUGGGACUACGCUGGUGGUUUCAUCUCACUGACAUCCUCAGUCACCCUUCUGGUCCAGUAUGCUUACACUUUUAAACUAGUGGAGCUUCCUGCAGAUGAGGCGGACUACUGGGGUCUUCAUCAGCAGUUGGUUCCUCAAUUCCCUUCUUUUUGCAGCGGUGUUGCAGGGACUUUGUCUAUUUGA